AUGACCCUAUUCAAAUCCAAGGUUAAACCUUCUGAUACCAAAAUUAAUGAACCGAAUGAAAAGAACAAUUUAGAUGAAAAAAAUUAUAAUUCAUCUAUAAUUCCAACAGAUGAUGAUGAUUGUACUAUUACAAUAGUAGUACCUCCUACGGCACGUCCAGUUAAUUCACGUUAUUCAAUGCAAUAUUUACAACAAACUUAUUCUGAAGAAGAUUCCCCGGGAAGAUUACGUUCGACUAAUGUCAAGCCUAUAUGUUCCAAAACAAAGAGAUUCACCUGGAAGUCCAUACUCAUCAUUUUUUUGAUUGCUUUUAAAGUGGCAAUUAUCAUUGGUUUACUGAUAUAUUAUGCGUACUUGCAUGGUUUCUAG